AAUCAUAAAUUGCUAAAUAUUAUUUUUCAAAAUUAAAAUUUUUAUUAUUAUUGUUCUCAAAAUUAAUGUUCAGUUAUAAAUUUAUAAUAAAUCAAAAUGCCUCCUAAACCAAAAGCACAAAGUACUAGCAAAAAAGCAGAUCAGAAAAAAAAAGAAAGAGUAAUUGAAGAUAAAACUUUUGGUUUAAAGAAUAAAAAAGGGGCCAAACAACAAAGAUUCAUUCAACAAGUUGAAAAACAGGUUAAAUCUGGUGGCAUACCAGCACGUAAAGUAGAAGACAAAAAAAAAGAUGACAAAACAAAAGAUGAUUUAGGAUUAAUUUUUAAACCUGUUCAAAAAGUUGAAAAAGGUGCAGAUCCAAAAUCCAUCCUGUGUGCAUUUUUUAAACAAGGUCAAUGUGCAAAAGGUUCAAAGUGUAAGUUUUCACAUGACUUAGCUACAGAGAAAAAAGCUGAGAAAAGAAGUAUGUAUGUAGAUUUACGUGAUGGUGAUGAAAAUGAUACUAUGGAUAAUUGGGAUGAUGAAAAACUAAAAGAAGUCGUUAACAAAAAACACGGUGAAAAUGAUAAGAUACAUCCAACGACUGAUAUUAUAUGUAAAUUUUUCUUGGAAGCUGUUGAAAAAAGUAAAUAUGGAUGGUUCUGGUCUUGUCCAAAUGGAAGUUCAUGUAUUUAUAGACAUGCUUUGCCUCCUGGAUUUGUUCUAAAAAAGGACAAGAAAAAAGAUGAUAAGAAAGAUGAAAUUCAAUUAGAAGAUUUAAUAGAAAGAGAACGAGCUGCACUUAACUCUGUAAAAUUCACACGAGUAACUUUAGAAAGCUUUUUAGCUUGGAAAAAACGUAAAGUUAGAGAAAAGAAGAAUGCUAUAAUCAAAGACGAAGAGAAAAAACGAACUGAUUAUAAAGCUGGAAGACAAAUUGGGCUUUCUGGUCGUGAAAUGUUUUCGUUUAAUCCGGAGAUGGCAAUUGGUGAUUCAAUUGAUGACGGAGAGGAAGCAUUUGAUUCAUACACAAGAGAUGAAGAAGAUGAAGAUGGAAAUGUAAAUGUAAGAGAAAUUCAAUUAGAAUCAUUAGAAUUGGAAGCAAGUGAAGUAGAUGAUACUGGUACCCGAUUACCUGAAGAUCGAUUUAAUAAAUCUGAGGUAGCUACAAUCCCUAUCAAUGAAAACCUUUUUAUAGAUGAAGAUCUAGAUGACCUUGAUGAGGAAUUAGAUGAACUAAAUUUGGAAAAUGAUUCUAAUAAUUAAAUUAAAAAAAAAAAAAACA